UAGGAGGAGACUAGGGCUACACCUCGCGCCGUUAUAUGACGUCAGUGUGCGCCGGUCCGCUCCCUCCGCCCCCUUUGGGAAUUAUGUAGGAUUUUUUCCAGGAGUUCGCGUUCUAUCGGUGGAACGCUGGCGAUUGAUGUAUCGCGCGCCCCCACCAUCACCGGAGCGCUGCAGUCGCGGGCCCCAGGCUGCGUUCUCAGCUGUCUGCACUAGGGGCUGGUUGGCCCUGCGGCUUCUCCUGGGAUCUGAUCAGCCCGGCUCCUCCGGCUGCCGCGGCAGGUGCUUGCCCAGGUGGCUCGCCCUGCUGCCUGCCCGGUUGCAGAAACAGCCGGAGGUUCUGUAGUGCGUGGUUGUGCAGCCUACUCGUCCGUCUGGGAUCUUGGUUAGGGCAAUUCGGUGUGUUAUAAUUGGCUUCCUUUGGCUGCUGUGCAUGGGCCUGCGUGAGUCCUGCCAGCCUUUGUUUUCUUGGUGGUGAGAAGAGGGGAGCAUGGCAGCCUCUGGGUCGGAAAAAAGCAACAAGAAGAAAACAGAGAAGAAACUUGCAGCCCGAGAAGAAGCUAAAUUGCUGGCGAGCUUUAUGGGAGUCAUGAAUACCAUGCGAAAACAGAAAACUCUCUGUGAUGUCAUUCUCAUGGUACAGGAAAGAAAGAUCCCAGCUCAUCGUGUUGUGCUUGCUUCAGCCAGUCACUUUUUUAACUUGAUGUUUACUACAAAUAUGCUUGAAUCAAAGUCCUUUGAAGUGGAGCUAAAAGAUGCAGAGCCUGAUAUUAUUGAACAGCUUGUGGAGUUUGCUUAUACUGCGAGAAUUUCCGUUAAUAGCAAUAACGUCCAGUCUUUACUAGAUGCAGCAAACCAGUAUCAAAUAGAACCUGUGAAAAAAAUGUGUGUGGAUUUUUUGAAAGAGCAAGUGGAUGCUUCAAACUGUCUUGGUAUAAGUGUAUUAGCAGAAUGCCUAGACUGUCCAGAACUGAAGGCCACUGCAGAUGACUUUAUCCAUCAACAUUUCACUGAAGUUUACAAGACAGAUGAGUUUCUACAGCUUGAUGUUAAACGUGUGACACAUCUCCUGAACCAGGACACACUGACUGUAAGAGCAGAAGAUCAGGUUUAUGAUGCAGCAGUCAGGUGGCUAAAGUAUGAUGAACCUAACCGCCAGCCAUACAUGGUUGACAUCCUUGCUAAAGUCAGAUUUCCUCUUAUAUCGAAGAACUUCUUAAGUAAAACCGUACAAGCUGAGCCACUUAUUCAAGAUAACCCUGAAUGCCUUAAAAUGGUGAUCAGUGGAAUGCCGAUAUCCAUUGUGUUCCAGAGGACCAGAAAGAGAGUGGAAGGGCAGCGGAAGAAGGAAAAAAAAAUGAUUAUACCGAUGCUUAUUUGGAGGAAACAAGUCGUUGCAGAUGAUUUAAUAAGUGAAAAUCUUUAUUUGAAAACUCUCACUCCAGGUAGACGUUACCUGUUCUUUGUAAUACAGGAUUACAGCUGGACAGACAUCCGAUGUCCCUUUGAAAAGCGCAGAGAUGCAGCUUGUGUCUUCUGGGACAAUGUAGUUUAUAUUUUGGGUGGCUCCCAACUCUUCCCUAUAAAGCGAAUGGACUGCUACAAUGUGGUGAAGGACAGCUGGUAUUCCAAACUGGGACCUCCAACGCCUCGAGAUAGCCUUGCAGCCUGUGCUGCGGAGGGCAAAAUUUAUACAUCUGGUGGUUCAGAAGUGGGAAAUUCUGCUCUGUAUUUAUUUGAAUGCUAUGAUACAAGAACAGAAAGCUGGCACACAAAGCCCAGCAUGCUGACUCAGCGUUGUAGUCACGGGAUGGUGGAGGCAAAUGGCCUGAUUUACGUAUGUGGAGGAAGUUUGGGAAACAAUGUUUCUGGAAGGGUCCUGAAUUCCUGUGAAGUUUAUGAUCCAGCAACAGAAACGUGGACUGAGCUAUGUCCAAUGAUAGAAGCCAGGAAGAAUCAUGGGCUGGUCUUUGUAAAAGACAAAAUAUUUGCUGUGGGUGGACAAAAUGGCUUAGGUGGCCUAGACAAUGUGGAAUAUUAUGAUAUUAAGAUGAAUGAAUGGAAGAUGGUGUCGCCAAUGCCGUGGAAGGGUGUAACAGUGAAGUGUGCUGCUGUGGGCUCUAUAGUCUACGUCCUGGCUGGCUUUCAGGGUGUGGGCCGAUUAGGGCACAUCCUUGAAUAUAAUACUGAAACAGACAAGUGGGUGGCCAACUCCAAAGUCCGUGCUUUCCCAGUGACAAGUUGUUUAAUCUGUGUUGUUGAUACUUGUGGAGCAAAUGAAGAGACGUUAGAGACAUGAAAGCCUCAAGGAGAGGUCAGGACAUUUUUCAAAGACUUGGAAAAGAUGCCAUCAGUCCUUUGCUUCUGUGUUUUAUUGAUUCUUGUUAAACUGAAUAAUCUGAAAAACUGAGAUGCAGUCCUCACAUUUGUAUAUACAGUAUGUCAGUUUAAUUUUUACAGAUUGUUUUAAAAGAUGGGAAGUAUUUCAAGAUUUCACUAACAUAGUUGAGAACACA